UAGAAGGGGAAACGUGUCAGUACAGACCAGACCGGAAUCGGCGCAAAACUUGGAAUUUGGGGUCUUUGUCUGUCUGGCGCGGGCAAUUGUCUGUGGGGUCGGUACACUCCAUACGUAAGAAUGCAGUUGUAAAACGUGAUGCAAAUUGAUAUUCUGUAAGAAUAAUGGCGAGAAGAAUCGAUAACGAAAAACUAAUAGAAUUAGUUAAAAGUUAUCCUUUUCUUUAUGAUCUGGCUGAUCGAAGAUACGGUGAUAGCGAACGCAAAAACGUUGCGUGGAAGGAAAUAGCGGACCAACUCCAUUUACCGGAAAAAUACUGCAGGAAAUCGUGGGCCUUAUUACGUGAUUCUUACCGACGUGCCUUAAAGAAGCGAAAAGAAUGUGGACAACCAGAGGAAAAAAGAAGAAAAUGGAGAUAUGAGGUGGAAAUGUCUUUUCUUCUUCCUUUUCUCAGGGAAAGAUCAACAACCAAUACCGAAAUUUUCCAUGAAAACAAUGAUAGUGGUGAUGGAGAAAACAGUUCCUGCGAAGAUAAUGAAGGAAAAUCGGCUUCCCUUGAUGUGUCAUCACAAGGAACUGUCCUCCCGAAGCAAGAACAAAUUUGCGAUGAAACGGUGGCUGAACCAUCCCUUUCUACAGAGAGACAAACAUUUUCUGAACCUUCUGAAAACAAUAGACCAUUAUUGAAACGAGCUAGAGUUCGUCAAAAAACGAGAUUCCAGUCAACCAAUGAAACCCUCUCAAACUCGCUAAUGAAAUUUAUUUUAGAGAAUAAAGCGAAAAACGACGAUAUUCAGCAAUUUUUUGAAAGCAUUGCUACCACGGUUCGAUCAUUUCCACCACGAGAUAGAGCAAUAGCAAAGGCUAAAGUAUUCGACGUUAUAUCUGAAAUGGAAAUUGAUAUUCUAAAUAGAGAUGCAUCCCUCUGAAUAUGUGGAUUCGCCUAUUUCAUAUGAACCCUGAUGGAAAAUCAACGAAGGGAUUUUCUUUGAAUAAUAAAAAUACGAGCAGACUCGCCAUCGUCAGGAUUAUUUCAAAUAAUGAGAAACGUUUCGU